GGGUCGUCGUCCCAAUCGAUCAUUGAAUACAGACGCAAGACCACUUGAACGGCGAAAUCUGUCGCUCGCCAAACAAACCGAGAAAUCUUGUCACGAAGUUCUCGAGCGCUCUCUAUGGAUGCUAUGGAGUCGGAGGGAGGUUCUAGGACCGCACAUCAAGAGCCAGGUGGACGAAACAAUAAUGAUGACAUUAUCAAUAAUAGAAGGAAGAAGAGAAGUUCUUCGUAUUUACCCAAAUUUGGGUGUCUGAGGACGGAAACGGACGAGGAUGGGAGUUUUGAUGUUGAGGUUGAUGUGGAAGGAGAGCCACACGCGCCGUCGCAUCUCGUUGUUAUGGUCAACGGCAUCAUUGGCAGUGCUCAAGACUGGAGAUUCGCUGCCAAGCAGUUCCUGAAGCAUUAUCCCCGAGACGUUGUUGUUCACUGCAGUGAAUGUAAUUCUUCAAUGUUGACAUUUGAUGGUGUUGAUGUAAUGGGAGAGAGAUUAGCAGAAGAGGUUAUAUCAGUUAUAAAACGUCAUCCGACUGUUCAGAAGAUUUCAUUUGUUGGUCAUUCAUUAGGAGGGCUGGUUGCGAGGUACGCCAUUGCUAAGCUCUAUGGGCGAGAUAUCUCAAGGGUUUCUCAGGGAAAUGGAGCUUCCCAAACUGAUGGACUUGGCGAUAAGUGCCAUGAAGAGAAAUUUAGAGGCAAAAUUGCUGGACUGGAGCCUGUGAAUUUUAUAACUUCUGCAACCCCGCACCUUGGCUCAAGAGGGCAUAGACAGGUACCAGUAUUUUGUGGAUUCCUAAAACUGGAAAAAGUAGCAGCUCAGACAUCAUGGUUUCUUGGUAGAACUGGAAAACAUCUGUUUUUGACUGAUCAUGAUGAUGAACGACCACCACUUCUUCUUCGGAUGGUCACUGAUCAUGAAGAUCUAAAAUUCAUGUCAGCUUUGCAGUCCUUCCGGCGUCACGUUGCCUAUGCAAAUACACAUUUUGACCAUAUUGUUGGGUGGAGUUCAUCAUCCAUUCGCCACCGAAGGGAGCUCCCUAAGAAUAAACAUCUCUCAAGAGAUGACAGGUACCCACAUAUUGUGCAUGUGGAGACAUCAAAAGCUGCUACAUCGGAACAAGACGUCUCUUUGGAGAACAAGGUUGCUGGAUUCGAGAGGAUUGACAUGGAAGAUGAAAUGCUGAGAAGUUUGACAAAAUUGAGCUGGGAACGGGUUGAUGUCAACUUCGGUGGAAGUAAACAAAGAUUUAUGGCACACAGUACCAUUCAAGUAAAAAGCUAUCGGAUCAAUUCUGAUGGGGCUGAUGUAAUCCAGCACAUGAUUGACAAUUUUCUCUUAUAACAAUAGGUGUCAUUUCUUGUAAUAUCUGAAUGUACAUGUAUGGUAAACCAUAUUGAAGUAGUGAGUCCAGGAGUAUAAAAGCAGGUGAAGCACAGCAUGUUGUGCAGAGAGCUUUUUAACCUCUGUUUUUUCAUGGGUGUUGGGGGGGUUUCAGUGAAAAUUAUUUAUUGCAAGCUUACACGUGUUAGUAGCUUAUUACUCUCAG